AUGAUGGACGACACAGAUAGACUCGUACCUCCAAAGCUAAACAUAACUCAAGUUGAGAUAGAUGCUUGGAUAAGAGAAAUACAAGCAAUUGAGAAGAGAUUGAAGGAUGCAGUGGAGAAUGAUAAGGAUAUUGAAAAAUAUAAUGAAUGGAUUCAUGGACAGAGUAUAAAAGUGGCUCCGGGUUUUGAUUAUGGGGUUAUGCAACCGCAUAGAGCUGAGCCAUUAGUUCCAGAGAUUGAGAAUGAUAGCUUGGUUGAAACUAAUGAAAAGCAACAACAUCAACAUAAAGAUGUUGACGAUGAUGUGAAUGAAUUAGAUAGAAUAUUUGGUAAGACUACAAUAUAG